AUGGCGUUUGGCGAUGACCGUGAUGAUGAACAGAGCAGCGUGAGGAAGGGGAAGAAGGACUUGCACGUUGCCGCUGGUGCACCUCAACCACGGCAGCGAGUGCAGGGACAGCGAGAGCGGGGCCAAGAAAGGUCAUUGGAGGAGCACGCAAAGGAUGCCGUGUUUGGCUUUGCUGUCAAGGCGCUGCUGAAGGCGGACACGAAUCUGGAAGCGAUUCAAACAUGCGCCGGCGCCGCGACUGUCAUCCUUCGCCGGCGAAAGCGACGGAAGCAGGCGCAGGCAAGUGCCGCGUUUGUUCGCAUGUUCAGGGUCACCCCAGCCGUGUUUGAUGAGCUCGUUGCCCUCAUCGCGCAGUCGCCACACCUGGACUCGCUCGAUUGGCACACCCCGUCCACCGCAUCCUACCACAGCUACGCUCACAACAGCAACAGCCACAAUACCGCACUCAACAGCACCAGCAGCGCUAACAACAGCAGCAACGGCAACCUCAACGACGACAGCAACAACAGCAACCAUAACAGCAACAACAGCAACAGUAACAACAACUGCAGCAACAAUAACAGCAACGGCAUUGUCGUUGUUGCAAAUGGCUCCACCAAGGCAUCCACAAGACAGCAUGGCGCCGCCUCCCACGAAUCCUACCAUGAACACGUGCCUUGUGCAACUGGCGGCGGGGAGGGCGCAAGCGACGGCGCCGAAGGCAGCACUGACAAUGGCGCUCGCAGUCUUGACAAGACAGGUGGUGACCAUGUCGCUCAGCAGCAGCAACCAGUCGAGAAACAACACCAGCCAGAACCACGGGGUGAGGAGGUGACAGCUUCGCCCACACAGCAGCCACACCAGUCCAAACCUACUCAAGAUGCAGGUCAACCAGCACCCAGCAAAAGCGAGCACAACACACGCAGCGCAGGUGACACGAUGCAAGUUGCGCCUGCAACCCGGUUGCCCACAUACAUACCGCCAGCCACGUCUGCCUCACCAUCAGCAGCGGGAUCCGUACUCUCUGGCGUGGCCUGGGGCCGCCGCUGCUUUGCUGUGAAGCUGUGUCUGCGGCUGCUCGGGAGCCAGCUCAGCCCGACGCAGCUUGCCGCUGAAUGGCACGUCAAGGAAAGCGACUUGAUGUUGUGGACGCGGCAGGUGACCGAGGCCAUCGUGAUCACCUUCUCUCCAUCACUCAGCGUGCACAACAUCCGUGAGGCGGACCCCUUGCUGCCGUCGUGCCUCGGUGUUCUCCAUCACGACUACAUCGGAAUCGUCCGGCCAGCACGCGACAAUGAGUUCUUCCGCAACGUCGACAACAGGCCCUCCAUUGGCGUGCAAGCUGUUGUUGGCCACGAUGACAAGUUCUACAGCGUGGCUGCUGGCUUUCCUGGGUCUGUGAAGCAUGAUCUGUGUUUGCGGCAAACGCCCCUGUGUCGGCAGGGCGCGCGCGCCCUCUACCCGGGAUACCUCGUUGCAGGCGCAACCUUCCCGCUACUCAGCUGGCUGGUCACGCCAUUCCCUGCGCCGCAAACGGCAAAGCAGAUGGCGCUCAACAGGAUAAUCAGCUGUCGACAGCAGCGCGCGGGAAGCGUGUUUGCGCGCGUGCGAAAUCGGUUCCCGCGCCUCGAGCAGUUUGACCUCGGGCUGGACUGGGCAGGAACAGCUGCCGUUGCCUGCUGCCUCAUCCACAACCUGUGCUUGGACAUGGGAGACACGCUAUCACUCUCGCUACUUCAACAGCCACCACCAGCAGCGGCAGCAGCAGCCGAGUGCACGCAUGAUGCUGGCUACAGCGAUGCUCAUCAAAGGAAACGCGGUGGUACAGAGAAGAGUCGCUCACCACAACAACAGCGCGCGUGCGCUGUGUGCAACCAGAGACACAGCACCGGUGGCACCAAUCAAUCCACCACGGGCACACACGCGCGGGGACAACAGUCGCGCAUGUACACAUCGCCAGCGGGGGCGGAGCAGCGAUUGCAGCUGGCAGAGGCCCUCACAUCGGCACGUGCAGGCAUCAACGAAGCACACCCAGAUAUAGGCAACGGCGGUGGCGGUGGCGGUGUUGAUCGCGCUGCACAUGCACAAGCAGAGAAGUGUAAUGACAGAAUAGAGAAGGCGGGCGUUGAAGGAGAAGAAGUAGAAGGACAAGGGGAGGAAAGAGGCGGAAAGGAAGCAGGGGAAGGAGCGUGCACUGUGUAUGCGAAUGGGCGUGUCGCACGCCCUGCACGAGGUAUUGGUGUUGCUGGCGCGGAAGACGCCUUCACUCGCGCCCCAGCUGAUGCGGUUGGUAAUGAGGACGCAGACGAUGUUGAUGAUCCUGGUGAUGAUGUUGAUGUUGAUGUUGAUGUGGUGGCGGAUGCCGGGACUCGGAGGAUGGGCGGGCUGGCGAUUGCUGAUCACAGCGACAACAGUGGUGAUGAUGAUGGUGGUGGUGGUGACAUGGGGCUGCCGCUUUCACACCGGCAAGACAGCCAGGAGGAGGGUGCGAAGAAGGGGGAUGAGAAACGAGAACGCAAGGAGCAGAUGGAUGAGACAGCGGGCCAGAGAGAACGGAGCCAUGGGGGUGGUGAAGCAAGCGCCGUGGAGGCGAAAGCACGGACGCGAGCAAGGUAUUCGCAUCAGCGACGGGACCGAGGCAACAGCCAAGACGGUGGGCAAGACAAAGACAGGGUGGAGCGUGGUAUUGGAGAGGACGGGGCAGAGAUAGGGCAUGUCGGGACGCGGGGUCAGGGAGGUGAUGGUGGUACGAAGCCGAAAGGCAGUGGCCAGCGACAAGCAGGGGCAAAGAAGGGGUCGCGAAGGACGCGUGCCGCUGCCGUGAGGGCGGUGAAAGGCAGGCAUGAGCAUGGACAUGAUGGGCAGGGCGAUGAGGGGGUGGUGUGGUCUGAGCACGGCCACCUGCCUGUUGUUGACGUGUAUGGACAGCCGCUUUCAUCGUCUGCACCUGCGCCCGUACCGGCCCAACCACCACAUGCCACAGUCACAACUUCAUCGUCUUCGGGGUCAUCCUCCUCCCAGUUGCACUCGCGCCACCCGCUUCUGCUGUUGCCGUCUGCGCACCACGCUAUGCACCACCCUCAACAUGUGGUGCAGCAGCAGCAUGUGCACGGCGCUGUCAGUGUGAACGAUCCAGUGUAUGAUGUGGGAGCAAGUGUCAGCACCACCACACCUGCCGCAGUCGCGAGCACUGAACACUUAGAUGGCGCAGCUGCUGCAGUUCGUGGUGCUGGUGGCGAUGAUGAGCAGGUGCACAAGUCCCGCCAUCAGCAGCACCCUCACACCACAACCGCUGCACCGCCAGUUUCGCACGUGAACUCGCUGCUGCCACCACCAUUCCCACCGCCGCCACCACCUCCACCGCCGCAAGCGCCCCUGCACUCGGCAUCUCACCGCCACGACCGCGGGCCCCGCGAACACCAACCACAACAACAACAACAACAGCAGCAGCAGCAGCAGCAGCAGCAGCAGCAGCACAACCGCAUCUGGUGCCACCGCCGCCGCCGCCACCGCUGCCAGUUCCCUUGGACGUGGCACACGGCUCACCUCAUCAUCACCACAGCCACCAUCCGCCACACCACCGCCCCCACGUCCACCCAGAGCACCACCGCCAUCACCACAAUCCCCACCAUCACCACAGUCAGCGUGCACGGCACACGCGUGCGAGUGCCCGUGUUUCUGCAUCCAACAGAGGAGCUUUCGUCGCACCCCCGCCUGCCACCCAUCUCUCUCGGCGCGCCGCUGGCACCGGCACGAAGCAACGAGCGUGGUGAUGGUGGCGGUGGCAGCGAUGAUGAUGACGACGAGGAGGGCAAUAGCGGUCGUGCUGAUCAUGAUGGUGAUGACGACGAUGGUGGUGGUGGUGGUGACGGUGGACAGGCCAGGAAGCGAGCGAAAACGGCGCAACCAAGACAUCAUUAA